GUUCGGCGGCGCUAGCAGACUGCCGCUGGUCACCUUUCACCAGCGAAGUAGGGAGAAUUUUUUUAGGGGGGCUAUUUAAAGAAAACACUGUACCCAGCUCGUCAAAGAACUGAAGUACUCCUUCGUACGGCGGACAGAGGGAGACUGUAGUGACCCGCUAAGUUUGUCAGAGACGGAAGAUGCGGGGAAAUGAUAUCGUGCGCGCGGAAGUUUGUGUUUACUUACGCCGCGGUAGCUAGCGUGUUGGCCCUGUUAGCCUGUUAGCGAGAAAGGUGCGCUGUGUCUGGACGGGUUAAUAGCAACACUUACAAGUCAGCCCAGCUACGUUAAACAGUAGAAACAUACUGUAUAUAUCCUGAAGCUAACAACGAGCUGGUGGCAGAUGCUGGGGAUUGCUCAAACUCUUGAAACAUCGGUGCGGGCCACGAGCCGUGAACUCUGCGUGCGCGUGUCAACACGCAGGCAGAAGUUAUUUACAAAGAGGGCACUUUAAGCCCUAAUCUCAAACGUAUAGACCUGCAAAACGUGAUUUAAAUAUUAACUGCCGCCCUCAGUGCGGUUACGAAUGACAUAUCAGGCUUGCGUCCGUGUGCGUGCAAAUCAUCCUCCUCAUCGGACCUAGUACAUCGUCCUCGUCCGCAAUGUUUAGCCAGUGAGACCUGUAAAAGCGAUCUGGAGCCCGUUAGCCAUGGGGGGAUGUAUGGGCAGAUACUUAGAAGGCUGGGAAGACUCGCAGAGUCGGGGCUCCUCCAGGAACGGUGGACGAGGAGGGCGUAACGAGCCUCUGAAAAAAGAUCGUCCCAAGUGGAAGAGUGACUACCCGAUGACAGAGGGCCAGCUACGGAGCAAGCGGGAUGAAUUUUGGGACACGGCGCCGGCCUUCGAGGGCCGCAAGGAAAUCUGGGAUGCUCUGAAAGCAGCCGCUGUGGCCUUGGAGUGUAACGACCAUGAAUUAGCUCAGGCUAUAGUGGAUGGAGCCAGCAUCACACUGCCACACGGUACCCUGACAGAGUGUUACGAUGAACUUGGGAACCGCUACCAGCUGCCCGUCUACUGCCUGGCACCACCCAUCAACCUCAUCUCAGAGCGUAGUGACGAGGACCCCAGCGACAGCCCUGAACCCCCAGCAGCAUCCAAGAAGGAAUUCCAGCUCAAGGUGAGGCUGUCCACAGGAAAGGACUUGCGUCUCAGCGUCAGCAUGGUUGACACCAUAGGCCAGCUGAAGAAGCAACUGCAAGUCCAGGAAGACAUCGACGCCGUGCACCAGCGCUGGUUCUUCUCCGGGAAGCUGCUCACGGACAAGACGCGGCUGCAAGACACUAAGAUCCAGAAGGACUUUGUGAUCCAGGUCAUCGUCAACCCACAGGCACUCCAAGCCCCCAAACCAUCACCGCCGACAACCACCGCCUCCUCACCUGUGCCCGAGUGACCGAGGACCGUCAGAGGAGCGAUGCAGUCUGUGAUGGACCAGAGGUGCCUCCCAAUGCUGGAUAACUUAUUCUUCUUGACAAAAGCUACUGUUACCGAAAGAGAAAUAAACUGUGAGGGUGAAACAAACAAAAACAGACAAAGAAGAAACUGAAAAGUGCUGCUUUUUUUUUCUCCUUUUUUCUAAAUGUCCCUGUGUGUGCACGUGUGUGUUUUUUGGGGGGGAUCUGCUGAGUCGUUCCAGUCAUCACACUAACCAGAGAUGCCUGUCAUCGUUGCAUAUUAAAGCAGAGCUCCUCGCGCUGGUGUGCAAGCCUUUUCUCAGUGCACAGAACGUGCACAUCAGAGCUGCACAUGCAGACUCUGCCUUUGCCCUUUAGCCUGCUAACACAGUGCCAACAGAGGAACUGCAGAGGCGUUGGUUCUAGAGCGUAUUUCUGCUAUGACACCUAUAAACUCGGCACUGUUGCUCUCUUUGUCCUCCACAGAAACAGGAAAGGAAAGCAGGAAAAAAGAAACGUGCUGAAUAUUCUUCUUUUUUUUCCUUUCCCUUACUGAGGAAAUAAAGUCAACUGGGCUUUUUUGCACAUUUAAAGAUUAGUACUAUACUUUUGUGGUAGUUUGUGUGCCUUCUACAAGACAAAAAGGGGGGUGGGUAAUCACCUGCAAUUUUACUGUUGGGCUAAUAUAUCUUUUUUUUUUCUUUUCUUUUUUUUUAGAUUCAGGAACUUUUAGAUGGACCUAAGCUAUAAGUGUUGCCUUUAUUUCUUUUAAAAGAUCUCUUGUGGACAGAAGAGAAUGGUUGUGUAUGUGUGUGGGUGUGUGUGUAUGGAGGGGGUGUGCGACAAGAUUACGAAGCUGACCCAUACGAUGCAUUGAGAGUUGAGACUGGACUAAAAGUCAUAGCUUAAGUGAUUAAUGUCAUUGAUUUAAGGGGAAGCGGAAUUCCCUUGCAAAAAGUGUCGUCUUAACCGCUGCGUUGCUGACUGCGCAGUGACGCCAUGACCAGCAGGAGGGAGCAGCACAGGCCUUAUUAAAUUUGAUCAGAUCAGUUGUUUAUGGUCACUUGUUUUGUUUUGUUUUUCCCCUUCCACCACCGGAUGAAUGUAAAUCCAGCUUUUUUUGCUCUCGAUGUGGUCUGGUAAUGUUGAACAAAAAAAAAAAAAAAGGAGGGGAAAAAGGCAUUUUCUCUUCACCAGCAGGUAUGAUACGGAGCGGCGAGUGAAAACAAAAAGCUCAAGCUGAUUUCUUUUUCUUUUUUUUCUCUCCCUUCAGUAAAACUGGCCAUACUGGUGAUCCCCUACAUAUCAUGACUGUUGCUUACAAGCACACCCCAGGGAUUUCCACAUGAUGUCCAGUUUGCUUCUCAUGUAAAAGCAGUUGUUUAAGGCCUUCUGUGUGGCAGGAAGGCCCCACGGAGUGAUUUUAAAAAAAGGUGGAUUUGGGAACUAAUUUUGCAUAUAGCAAACUCAGCGUAUGGCAGUAGGCGAGGUAUGGUCUUAAGCAGGCAGGGAAAGGGAAAUGCAGCAUGCUGCUUUAUGGGAUUUUUUUUUUAGGGGGGUACGAAUACUGCUGGAGUUCUCCUUCAACAAGUUUUAAUUUAAUCAUAUUUUCACAGAUCUGACUGGAGAGCUAAAAAUAAAACCAACCAAAAUCUGUGCUUCAAGGCGCGAAUGUUUUUUUUUCUGUGGUGGCUUUCCUGUAAGCUGGUGUCGAUUCAGAGAACAAGGAGAGGUUUUUUCGAGCUUGUUUGUCUGUCUUAGUUUCACACUGAGCGGUGAGCACGCACUGCCUGUUUUCUUUACAUCAUAGCACAUCUGUUAGUGUUCAUGCCCCGACUCUAACCGGCUCUUGAAGAGCAACAAUAAUUGUUUGGAGGGAAGAGAGCCAUCAGGUUUGUCGCCAGCCGCAGCGGUCACCAGAGGAAGCAAACGAGUGAGAUGUGAUAUCUGUACGUAAAUCUGCAGACGAGCUGCAAGAUCUUUGGCAGUGGAACAUUUUCACUUUUUAUUUAUAGCUGCUAGCAGUCCGCAGUUCACUCAACUUUGCUCACCUUAAGCAGCCUUUCUUUGUAUGUACGCGUGGAGAGCAUUAGCUAUCAUCUGGGAACUUUUUAAAUUUAACAGUAUUCAUAAGUGAUGACCAGUGCACAAAAUAAGCUUGGCUGAUGCUGGAAUUCCUGAAAAAUUGGAUGUUGUCACCAGAGGCUGGACUCCCAGAUUGAUGAGCUACAAACAAAACAGCCCCACAUUCAUCCCCCUCAUGCUGGACCAUCUGAAUCCACUUUAAAUCUCUGUGGCUGUGUUCACACUGGAGCUCAGUGAAGAUGAUUUUGCCUGAAUAAUAGCCAUGGAUCACUCGGUGUGAAAAACACAGUGCUUUAUUAUCACAAUCACCCUUUCUUGUAUUUGCAAUCAGAGAUAUGAGACUGCUUUCCUGAGCAGUGUGUUUGCACAAGAGUCUGUUUGUAUGGGAGGAAAAAUAAAAGCCAUAAUCCUGAUCAUGACAUUUAUGUCACUGCGUAGCACACCCCAGCUGUUUUUCUUUUCUUUUUUCUUUUCUUCAGUGACUCAUUUCAAACUCAAAGUGCAUUUAAGCUAUUUUUAUUUUUCAAACUUCAAUUUUCUGUUGUCCUGUUUCUGCACACAAAGGAGGAAAGCCAAAGAUACAAGAGCACUCUGUGCAUCAGUUCCAGGUCACGUUGCAGAAUAACGCAUCAGCUGUCACAAACGUCCACAGCUGGACGAGCUUUGUUUUCAUUCUCCGCUCCUGUCGCACAAAUAUCCUGCAUCAUCAGCAUCGUGGAGGUAAUAAAACUGACCUGAGCCACAGCAGCAGUUCACCACAUCAAGAUGAUGUUCCUUCUCUUUUUGUCUAGCCACUUUUCAGCCUUGUGGUUCAUUAACUUGUGUGUGUUUUAAGGAUGGUUUUUCUUUCCUCCUUCACCUUUUACCUGUGGUUCCUAAAGGGAUAUGUUUUGUAACUAUCGUAUGCAAACUUGAACAAGCGUUUGUCUCUGUAUGUGCAAUACAAUAGACAUAGACCUCAUCAGUUUCGUGUCUGAUUUCUGCUUUUUGCUGAUAUCCAACAGCACCAGCCAUGAGUAUUGUCAAAAGGUACAAUCUGCAGUGCUGCAAUCACCUGUGUUUGUGUUGUCUCUUUAAAAUGUGUUGCUAGCUGUCGCCUUGACCGUCCCGUCCCCACGGGCUCUUAAUAUUUCUAGAGUAAAUAUCUAAAGAUUAAAAUUUGCCCCCACAGUUUCAUUUUAGUGUCCAUUUAGCAUUCUGCGGUGCUCAUCUCGGCCGUUAAGGUUAGUGUCGUCGGACUUGAGGGUGCUCUGCUGACAGUUUUAAUUAUGGCAUCACCUGUUAUGCCAUUCUUGCUGAAGUAAGCUUGUUUGCUUGCUCCGUAUCUUCAAUUUGUCCUCUUUAUUAAUGUCUUUGAGACUUUGAGCACCGACCAUUGUCCGACAUUAAAGGGACCACAUGUUAUUACACUGUAAAGUGCUUUAAGGUGCCCUCAGAGAACUGCAAACAGGACCCCUGAUCCACAGUAUACAAACUACUAAAGCCAAUCCCCCUCCCAUUAGCGGUUCAACAUGCCAAUUAAAGGCAAAGUAUAAAUAUCUGUGUGGUUGCAUCAUAGGAGUGUGCUUCAAAGCACAGCCAGACAUUUAGUUAUUGCAUUAUUUAGCCCCCUAAACCUAGAACCCUAGUCACAACCUUGGUUAUUUUUAUUAAUUGUCUUUGUUAAACCAGGCUCUGUGCACAUUCACCAUAUCAUAUAAAAUAUGGACAUGGCUUAUAGGACUGAAAACUGAAGCCUACACUUAAGUGCCUUAAACCGGUAUUGUUUUUAACGGCCACCAGGGGGCGACGUCUGUGGUUGCAUAAAAAGAUUUCUCAUCCUAUAGUCGUCAAUGGGAAACCGUUCCUUGUCCAGGUUAAAGGGGAGCCUAAAAACACUGGCUUACCUCGCUAACACAUUAAUCUUGCGCCGUAGCACACCCCUGUUGGGUUACUCUGGAAAUUCUCUUGUUAUCAGUCUUUCUGAUAUGCUGUUGCACAUAUAGGUCAGACAGAAUUAAAGACAGGUUUGUGUUUUGCGUUGUUGCUCUACUCACUGCUCUGCAGCUUUGUGAACUAACCCAGAGAAAAAUGUUACCACUCGCAAUAGUCUUUUCUUUGUCUCAUUAGAUACAAGUUACUGAAAUCUGCUCCCAUAAGGAGAUAACUUAUCCUCGCAACCUUAGAAUAAGAGGAAAGAUGAGAUAAAAUUCCAAUUCUGAGGCGUGAGAUUAAGCACUAAUACAUGUUUGUCAGUCGAGUUGUGUUUUGGAGCUCACUUUUAAAGUAACAGCGGGUAAUUCAAGAUAAAGAUGACUUAAGAUAGUCUGUGAAGAUGCAUCAGCACAAGCAACAUGUGUGUUUAUUUAGCCCCCCCCCCCUUCUGUCCUGAACCACUUCACCUCCUUUAGUUUGAGUUGAGUCCAGUGACUCAUCUUUUUCAGCGAAAUGUAAUCACAGUUUACGAGAAGUCAAGCACUCAAAAAUGUGAUAAAGUAGUGCUUAAAUCAACUUUAUGAUAUUUUUGAGCAUCUGGAGAUGUUUUUAAAUGGGAGGUGAGGAUGAGGUGAGGUGAUUCUCAACUGCAGACUGUAUAAAAAACAUGGACAUAGUUUUCAGGUCUUAACAGUGACAAUGUGAACGUGCCUUAAACCUGCAUUUUCUUAUAUGUCCAGCAGGGGGCUGCUACUGUCAGUGUAGCAGAAAUCCAGCUGCAUAGAAUCUUUGCAAGAAAAUUCCCCCUACUUCUCCCAUGAUCUACAAUCUCGCUAAACAUGUUCCUGGUGAACUUUAUGGGCUCAGUCACUAGUUUCAAGUCUACAUUCAUACAGUCUGAUGUUCAUUUUGUAAGUUGUGUUUAUUAAGAGUCAAAUUCAUGUUUAUGUUUAUUACGCUUCACCUCUAGUUUUAAACACGAAAAUCCUUGAUGGUCAUAACUUAGGGGUGACGUCACUGCGGCUACGUCCAGCUUUUAUAUACAGUCUGUGUUCUCAUCAGAUACAGUUUAGCCUCUUUCGUCAUUUGCUGAGCACUCUCAAUGUGUCGAACUUCAGUCGAGCAAUGCAAAUGGACACUGAUCACACACACUCAGUACUGGUCUCAAACUCCUUGGAAUAGUGCUGCGUAUCUGCAAACAUGUAAGACUUGACUGAAAUAAAUAUGUGACAGCAGGGACAUAUGUUCAUGAUACCCAGGAAUUAAAUUCCAUGUAAAGCUGGUUAUAAAAGCCAUAACAAGCUAGAGAUAUUUAUUAAAAUUCUUUUUUUUUUGUUUUGUUUUUUUGUGGCUAUUAACACUCCACACAUUACUAUUAAAAAACUUUAAUUAUUCUGGCACAAGAGCAGCCAUAUGUAAAGCACUCAAAAAAGGAAAUGGAAAAAAGAAAAAUAGAGAGAUCCUAAUACAUAUUUUUGAAAUUGUCCACACCAUCCAAGUGCACAGAAAAAAACAAGCGUCUUUUAAUGAAUAUGUCUUGAAUGACAUCUGCAAAAUAAUUAUACCUUUGUUGGGUUCAUUUUUGUGCUGACUUCUUUUUAAAACAUGAUUUUAAAAGGUUGAAUAAAAUCAAACUAUUAUACAAA